UCUAAUUCAUACGAAUAGAGAUUCGUAAUUUAUUGCACCAUCCGAAGCUCUUGAUUAAAUGGAUAGUAUGAAAAACAUGUUGAGCACUCGUCUCCAAGCAACUCUUAUCGCAUUUAUUUUCUUUUGAGUUCGUAAAUGGUAAUCAUUCACGUACUGACUUGUCAGUAUUGCACUUGACAAUGUAAAUUUUAUUAGUCCACAUUACCGUAUGUUAUAGAAAGCUCGAUAUGGAAGACACAGUACAUUUAGGAGUAUCGUAUACUUCGACAUACGAUGAAGAACUCACGAAACGACUCGAAAAUGAUUUCUCAAGGACCGAGGAGGAGUGUUACCUGGACCACGCGGGUGCGACACUAUAUUCCGACACGCAAAUAAAACAUGUUGCUUCCGAUUUGCAUAAUUCGCUUUACGGCAAUCCGCAUUCUAUUGGGAGUGCAAGUAACGUGACUCAAGAUAUCAUUGAACGCAUGAGAUAUCUAAUUUUAGAUCACUUUUCUGUAUCUCCCGAUGAGUACAGCGUGAUCUUCACAUCAGGCGCGACUGCAGCCUUGAAAAUAAUAGCUGACACGUUCGUCUUUAGUAAUGAUGAAAAAAAUAAGUCAGGACACUUCAUUUAUACGCAGGAUAAUCAUACUUCCGUUGUUGGUAUGAGAGAAGUUUUCGCAAAAAGGGGAGCAAAAAUAAUGUGCUUGAGACACAAUAAUGCCUUUGAAAUAUUCAAUUCUCCCUUGAAAUCUAAGAGCUCUUGUUCACAAGAGAGCAACUCAUUAUUUGCUUAUCCUGCCCAGUGCAAUUUUUCUGGUUUAAAGUAUCCUUUAUCGUGGAUUAAAGACGUACGUAAUAACGCUCUCUCUAAUAUAAUUUCCAAUACAUCUACAAAGUGGUACGUUUUACUUGAUGCUGCUGCUUUCGCAGCAACAAGUAAACUGGAUCUCUCUAUCUACAAACCAGAUUUUGUCUGUCUAUCAUUUUACAAAAUGUUUGGAUAUCCUACUGGUAUUGGCGCAUUGUUAGUAAAGAAUUCUAGCGCAGAAGUACUUAACAAGGUUUAUUACGGCGGUGGGACCAUAGAUGUUUCUUUGACUACUGAAUUAUUUCACAUAAAACGGAAAGAUCUCAGUUCAAGAUUUGAAGAUGGUACUCUACCAUUUCUCUCUAUAGUUUCCUUGAAACAUGGUUUUGAUAUAUUGUCAUCUAUCACGAUGGAGAAAAUAUCAAAGCAUGUAUUUUCACUUGCAAAAUCAUUGCACAAUUCAUUGUUGAUGCUCCACCACAGUAAUGGGAAGCCAGUUGUUAAACUGUACUCUGACACUGAUUAUGAGAAUCGUGAGAUGCAAGGGGGUAUUGUUGCAUUUAAUCUUAUGCGUUCUAAUGGUGAAUAUGUGGGAUACAUGGAGGUAUUGAGCAUGGCAGCAUUGUUCAAGAUACACCUCAGAACUGGUUGCUUCUGCAAUCCAGGUGCUUGCCAGAGGCAUUUAGGAUUAUCGAAUACAGAAGUUCUUCAAAACUAUGAGGCUGGAUAUGUUUGUGGAGGUGCUGCAGAUUUAAUAAAUGGCAGACCAACAGGCGCUAUUAGAAUCUCAUUUGGAUACAUGUCCACGAUCAAAGAUGUGCAAACUUUAUUGCUUAUGAUUAAACAAUCGUUUGUGGAUGGUUCACCAAUAUAUAAAAUUCCAGAUUGGUGGCUAAGCCACAAAACACUCUUACAUGCAAAGUAUUAUCAUAACGAUGCGAAUGUAAAAAGUAUAACAAGUAAUAAUGAACAGGAGAUUACAAACAAGUUACAAACAGUAAAGGAAUCACUAAUGCACUUAAUCAAUGAGAAUCCAUUCUUUAAAUUGACCAAAAAUACUACUGUUAAGAAGAAAUGCAUUUUGGAGCAAUUGUACAUAUAUCCAAUAAAAUCUUGUGCUGCUUAUAAGAUAGCAGAUUCUUGGAGUUUAAAUUCUAAGGGAUUGCAGUAUGACAGAGAAUGGAUGAUUAUUUCAUCUGCUGGUACUUGCUUGACGCAAAAGCAACAUAUCAAUCUCUGUUUACUGAGGCCAGUUAUAUUUAAGGACAAAGGAAUAAUGCAGUUACAUUAUCCAGAUAUGCCUUCGAUAGACGUUUCGUUAGACAAUAAUUCUAUAAAUACUAUGGAGGGAACAGUAUGUCAAAGUAGAGUUUGUGGACACAAAGUACAGGGUACUGAUUGUGGUACAGAUGUUUCCGAGUGGUUGAGUUUAGCAGUAGGAUUACCAAAUUUAAGGCUCAUAAGACAAACUGACAGUGACAAGGAAAAGAAAGGAAGCAAUAAACCAGAAUUAUCGUUCUCUAGUCAAGCUCAAUAUUUAUUGAUAAAUAAAGCAAGUGUAUUAUGGCUCAGUGAUAAAAUAUCUAACACAGAAGUUAAGAAGGACACUAUUAUACACAGAUUCAGAGGAAAUAUGAUACUAAGUAGCUGUGAACCCUUUGAAGAAACAGAAUGGAAAUAUGUUACUAUUGGAAAGAACAAUUUUGUGGUGGCUGGACCAUGUACAAGGUGUCAAAUGAUUUGCAUUGAUCAAACCACUGGUUUAAAGACAGUAGAACCAUUGCGUACACUUGCAGAACAUUUUCAUGGAAAAUUAAAGUUUGGUAUAUAUUUAACCAAAGAAAGUACAGAAGAUGGUAUUCUUAGUAUUGGGGAUACUGUUCAAAUCUCGUAAUUGAAUGUGUAAUGUCGUUAUCAGUUAAAAAAAAGUAAACAUAUUCCCUUGUGAGGUUAUGCAGAUACCAGGCUCUGAAUAUUACGAAACGAAUAAUAUGUUAUACAAACCGUGUUCAUAAACACUUGGUAUUAGCAUGUACGUUAAUCUUCCAAGUAUUUAUUUGAAAAUUUAUACGAAAGUAUAACAAUUCAUAUCUCGAUCUCGAUACAUAUAAAAUGCUUCACAGCUGCCAACGUUCCUACGUAACGCCAAACUUCAUUCAAUUUAUAUUAUUUAAUACUAUUUUAUCUUAAAUAUAAAAUCGACAUUCCUUUGUAACAUUAAAUAUACAGAGUAUAUGCAUUUAA